AUGAAGAAAGCUGAGCUAGUCUUCAUUCCAUGGCCAGGUAUAACUCACCUUGUACCCACAGUAGGGGUAGCAAAGCUUCUUGUAGACCGUGAUGAGAGAUUUUCAAUCACCUUUCUCAUCAUGAGGAUACGUUUUGACCCCAAGACUGAUAGCUACAUCGAUUCAGUGAGUGCAGUCUGCAAACGUACACGGUUCAUUGACUUGCUUAAAGAUGAGCCUGAUCCAAACCAACCCAGAAAGAACCCUUUUUCAUUGAUUGUAGAGCAGAUACCCCAAGUCAAAGAAGCAGUCUCCAAACUUGUGCGUCGGUCCGAAUUAAGCCCUGACUCGCCUAGAGUUGCUGGGAUUGUUCUUGAUAUGUUUUGUACGUCAAUGAUAGAUGUGGCCAACGAAUUUGGUGUUCCCUCUUAUCUUUUCUUUGCAUCAAAUGCUUCUUUUCUUGGUCUUGAGUUUUAUUUUCAGGCCCUUCAUGAUGAGCAGAAACUUGACCCUACUGAGUUCAAGGAUUCGAAUGCUGAGUUGGUAGUGCCGUUUCUGGCAAACCCACUCCCUGCUAAGGUCUUGCCUUCUGCUCUGCUCAGGAAAGAAUGGUCGUCUCCUCUCCUUGGUCAAGUUAGAAGGUUUAGGGAAUGCAAGGGUAUUAUGGUAAAUACAUUUGAAGAGUUGGAGUCCCAUGCGGGGAACUACUUUUCCAAUGGUAACACUCCUCCAGUAUAUCCAGUGGGUCCCGUUUUGAACCUUAACAGAGACGAUGAUUUUGAAAACACUUACAAAGAUAUCAAACAAUGGCUUGAUGAUCAACCUCAGUCCUCGGUAGUGUAUCUAUGUUUUGGGAGCCUCGGAAGUUUCGACGUGGACCAGUUAAAAGAAAUUGCAUGUGCUCUAGAGCAGAGUGGGUAUCGAUUCUUGUGGUCUCUACGUCAACCACCACCGAAAGGUAAUAUGGAAGCUCCAAGUGAUCAUGUGAAUCUUCAAGAAGUUUUACCUGAAGGAUUUAUAGAUCGAACGGCCAAAAUCGGAAAAAUAAUUGGAUGGGCUCCACAAAUAGAGAUAUUGUCACAUUCUUCUAUAGGAGGAUUUGUAUCACACUGUGGAUGGAACUCUACAUUGGAAAGCAUAUGGUUUGGUGUUCCAAUCGCUGCAUUGCCAUUACAUGCAGAGCAACAAUUAAUUGCUUUCCAAAUGAUUGUUGAAUUAGGAUUGGCAGUGGAAAUUAAAAUGGAUUAUAGAUUGGAUUUGUUUAACAAGGAUGGUGAUGAAAGUACUAUUACUGCUGAAGAAAUAGAAAGAGGAAUAAGAUGUUUAAUGGAGCUUGACCAUGGAAAAAGGAAGAAGCUGAAAGAAAUGAGUGAAAAGAGUAGGAAAGCUUUGAUGAAUAGUGGAUCAUCUUACGCAUGGUUAAGUCAUUUCAUUCAAGAUGUACUAGACAACAUGCCAUGA